GCCGCCAUCUUGUUUGAGAGAAACGAGGCGACGCAGACACAGACGGAGCAGCGAGGAGCCAAACUCUCAAAGAUUUACCACGAAACCCGCGUUAUUCCAAGCUAAACGCGUAGAAACCGUUCUCCGGAUGUGUUGAUGGACUGUGCGGUGCUCCGUGGUGUCGAUGCGGGCACGGCAGGCGUAGGUUUUCGGAGCUCAAAGAUGGAGGAUGCGGCGGCGCGGGAGGACGCGUGCAGAGAGUACGAGUCCUCCCUGGAAGACCUGACAUUCAACAGCAAACCACACAUCAACAUGCUCACCAUCCUGGCCGAGGAGAACAUCGCCUUCGCCAAGGAUAUCGUGGGAAUAAUUGAAGCUCAAAUAAGCAAGGCGCCCCCUCACGAGAAGCUUCCCGUUUUGUACUUGGUGGAUUCCAUCGUGAAGAACGUGGGCCGAGACUACCUCCCGGUUUUUGCUAAAAACCUAAUCACGUCGUUUAUAUGUGUGUUUGAGAAGGUGGAUGAGAACACGAGGAAGAGCCUGUUUAAGCUGCGCUCCACCUGGGACGAGGUUUUCCCGCCUAAAAAACUCUACGCUCUGGACGUCCGGGUCAACUCUUUGGACCCGGCGUGGCCCAUCAAACCACUGCCCCCCACCGCCAACAGCAUCCACGUCAACCCCAAGUUCCUCAAGCAGCCCGAUGAGUCGUCUCCAGCCCGACCCGCUGCCGCGUCUCCUGCUCCUGCGCCUCCGGCCCCUGUGGCCCCAGUGGCGCCCCCAGUGGUGGCCGCAGCGGUGCCCCCGGUGGCGCCGCCCGUGUCCAGCCUCACUCAGGAGCAGCUCAUCAGGCAACAGCUUCUGGCCAAACAGAAGCAGCUGCUGGAGCUUCAGCAGAAGAAGAUUGAGCUGGAGCUGGAGCAGACCAAGGCUCAGCUGGCCGGAGGGUUUGUGCUGCCGUCCUCGUCGCUCUCAUCUCUGACCCAGAAAGCCAUCGUCCCCCCAUCCACUGUGAUUCGCCCCUGGAUCCCCCCCCAGGCAACCACUACUGAGGCCAAAGCACCUGCUGCUCCUGUCACCCCUGCCUCUCCUGCGUCUGCUCCUGUCACUGCACAGGCCCCUGCCCCCCCUGCCAUCAGAGACCCACGACUGAACCGACCUACCUCCAAAGAGCUGAAGGACAGCUCCCCCGUGGCGGACAGGAAACAUGUGGAGAAGCCCGUCAAACCAGAGAAACCCAAACCUCCACGUGUGGAUGAGACAAAGUCUAAAUCCCCCUCGCCCCUGACCAAAAGUGUCCCUCGAAACAGUAAAACUGUAGAGGAAAAGAAAGACCCGCGCUUAAAGAAGAGGAUCCCAGACAAACCAGAGAAUGAGGAAGUGAGGGAGAAAAAACGGAGGGAGGAGGACUCUAAAGACUCGGACGACUUGAAAAAGAAACGAGAGGAGGCGUCUAAAAAAGGCAAAGUGGUGAAUGGGUCUGUGGCGCCCAAAGAGGAGUUAAAAAUGGGAGGCAAUGCUCGGACGCACGCCAGGAAACGCUCGCGCUCACGGUCUCCAGCCAGUGUCUCCCCCAAACGCAGCAACAGCCGCCCCAGCAGCCACGAAAAGGAACGCCGCUCCCCCAAAAGCAGCAACCGAGGCCGGAGCAACUCGCCCUCCCCACACAAAGGCCCCAAGAACCAGCGCGCGCGGAGCCGAGAGGACCGGGGACCGCCACCGGGGGCCAAAAAGAGCCUCUCCGACCGACGCAAACGGCCCGACGACAGGGACUCCCCCAGAGGUCACGACCCCGGAAGUAAAGAGGCCAAAGACGCGGCGCACCGGUGGAGGAGCGGCUGGGAGGACACCAAACAUGGGAAAGAGGAGCCUCACAAGUCCACAGCUCCGAGGCACAAGCCGUACCCCUCACCCCGGACCCCAAAACAUCGCCUCAGUGUGGACGCAAACCUACAGAUCCCUGAAGCACUCAACACUGCCUCCAAAAAGGACCUACUCCGACGGGCGAGCAGGCGUCUCGAGAGUGGGGAGAUCACGGAGGAGGAGUUCCUGAACUUGGCCCAUAAGAUCAAAAACCUGUUCCAGUACCAGGAAGAGAAGCAGCAGAGGGGUGAAUCCUGGGACCAGUCCCCCAAAACCAGCUCCUCCUCUGGGCCACCGGCGCAGAGAGGAGCCCCUGAGAGCCUGGAGGCGGCGCAGGUCUCAUACUACGAGCACAAGUCCAAACUCAGGAAGACCCAAGUGCCACACAGAGAGACCGCAGAAGAGUGGACCGAGGAGCAGGGCUACAGGCCACAGAGGCCAGGUGAGCGCCGCAGUAAAGAGCGAGAGGAGCCAGCGCGCCCCAUGAUCGAGGAGUAUAACCACGGCAAAGAGUUUCCCCCUCUCAAGUCUCUGCCCGGGCUCAGGUUCAAGAGACGAGCGGAUGCCAGGGACCCCCGAGAACAAGCAGAUCGGGCAGAGUGGAUCUCUCCUCUGUCCGAGCGCCAGCGUCUGGACGAUGAGGUGAAGAGUGGAUACGACCGUCGCUUCCCGGAGCGUCGGCCGGAGCUGCCCUCACUGACCCCCCAGGAGCCCCCCAGAUUUGAGCGGGAGCGCCUGUCCCCCCUGCCACCACCCCAUCCUGUGGUCAGAGACCCUCCCAGGGACCAGCCAGACUCCAGCCCGGUGCCUCGCUUCGAGAGUCCCAACUCUGAGCACUCAGAGGAGGGACCACUGGAGCCCGGGCCCCCCCAGAACCUCCCCAACACUCAACCCAAAUCCAUCCUCAAACCCAGACACGACGGCCCAGAGCGAGGCUACAACGACCAGCCCCCCAUCAACAGGCAACCGGGCUGGGUCGAGGGCGGUCCCAGGUUUGACUCUUAUAACCCAGAGCCGCACUUUGACGGGCCUCGCUUUGACCCCCCGUCUCGCUUCAAUGCUCCUGAGCACUUUGAUCACAUGACGCACGGUGGACCAAUGAGAGGCUUCGACGGCGCCCCGCCCCGCCCCCAGGGGCCGGGCCGGUUCGAGCCUCCGAUGCAGAGGUUUGAGCGGCCGCAGUGCUUCAACAACAACAUGGGACCCAUGGGGUUCCCGUCCAGACCGGCGCGCUUUGACGGGCCUUUCGACGGCCCGGGGCCCAGACCCAGGCCUGGUUUUGACGGUCCUCGGUUUGAGCCUCGUUUCCCUCAGCAGCAGCCCAUGAGGCCCCUGGGCCCCCCCAUGUUUGACGGCCCCAUGGCCCCUCAGCAGGGAUUUAACAUGGGCCCCCAGCACUUCUCUGAGCCCAUGAGCGGCCCCUUCGCUCCCUCGGGGCCCAUGUUCCAGGGGCCAAACUUCAUCCAGCCCGGGCCCUUCACCCAGCCUCAGGGAGGCUUCUACUCCCAGGCCCCCGGCCCAGGAAUGGGCCCCGGAAUGGGCCCCGGCAUGGGCCUGCAGCAGCCGAUGAACAUGAUGAGCAACAUGAGCCAGCCGUUUAUGCCUCAGAACAAUGUGCCUUUCCCCCAAGCUACUCCAGCUCCAGAAAACCACUUUGGGCAGGUGGAUGUGAACGACCUUCUGUCCAAACUCAUCUCCACCGGGAUCAUCAAACCAUCUCAGCCUGAGGGAGCCACCCCCCAGGCCCCAGGAGCCCCCCCUCUGGCACCUCCCUCUGCACCUGUGGUGGAGGAAGAGGAGGAUGAAGAGGAGCCAGCGGAAGAUGACCUGCCCGACCUCACCAGCUUCAGCCUGGACAACAUGAAACACCGUUACGAGAGCGUGGUGACUCGCCUGUACACGGGGAACCAGUGCUGUCUGUGCAGUAUGCGCUUCACGGCCGCUCAGACCGACCUCUACGCCGACCAUCUGGACUGGCACUUCAGGCAGAACCACGCGGGCAAGGUGGCCGCCAAGAAGGUCACGCACAGACGCUGGUACUACAGCCUCACCGACUGGAUUGAGUUCGAGGAGAUUGCUGACCUGGAGGAGAGGGCCAAAAGUCAGUUCUUUGAGAAGGAAAACGAGGAGGAGGUGCAGAAAACCCAGGCUGCAGCUAAAGAGAAGGAGUUCCAGAGCGUGAGGGCCACCAAGGACCAAGUCGCAGAGUUAUGUGAGAUCUGUCAGGAGCCGUUUGAGACGUACUGGGUCGAGGAGGAGGAGGACUGGUUCCUGAAGCACGCCAUCCGCGUUGAUGACAAGAACUUCCACCCGGCGUGUUUCGAGGACUAUCAGAACUCUUCGUACGUCGACGCCACGCCUUCUCCAAACAAACACCUGACGGAGCACCCACUGAGCACGCUCAGUAAGGAGGACAAACUGGGCGCGCUCAGUACGGAGGACGUUAAAAUUAAAACAGAAGAUGAGGGCGGAGCCUCGUGUUCUUUCAAACAGGAAAUGGACUCGGAACCCAAACAGGAAGUGACUGUGAAAGAGGAGGCGGAGGCUGCUAGCAGCUAGCAGCAGCUAACGUUUCAAGUGUGCCAUAAAGACCGGUGGUCAGAUGGUCGCCGUAGUUACAAUGCGGGGCGGGGCCUCGCGUGAUCACUUUUGUAUUUGCACCAGGUCUGAUUCUGUACAGCGGUUAAUUUAUACAAAUGAGAUUAAAGUAUUUUUGGUA